UGAAAAAUGCUUGUGUUUACAUCCAAGUUUAAAGUCAGCCUCUGUAUUCCUGUCAUAUUAAGCCUAUGGUUCAGGAUCCUCAAAUAGCGGAAUCGAAUUCGCGCGGUACACGGCGAAGCUGCUGGACGAGGAUAGCCGUUCGAUCCUAAACUCGCUCGAGUUUCCAGUUGGCGUGAUCGAAAGGCCUCCAAAACGUCGACCCCGUCGGUGAUCAAGUUAUCGGGGGGUGGAACAGGUGGGGGUGGGGAGCAAUUGUCCCCAGGGCCUGGCCCACCUCCCCCGGUGUCCCCAGCCGAGCGUGCGAAUGCGAGCGAAAACGAUGGAGGAAUCACGUCGAAAUGCGUCGACAGCUUUCCGCAAGCCGCUGAGACCACCAUGAGCUUCGUUUUGCAGUUGGGCACGGUCGAGUCACCUAUAGAGAAGAAGAUCGGUAGCCAAGCAGGCUCCGGGUUGUUGAGUAAAGAUGCGUCUAAUCAGGUGGUGGUCGCCGGCGAGGAUGCCGGCAAGUCUCAGAUCCUACAGUGUCUGGAGGCGACGCCGGAAAUCCCAGCUGGCCACGUGAUAUCCUUCACCACGGUGAAAUCGGUGAACGUCACGUACCCGGUAACAAAAGCUGCCAGAGAGGUGCAGAGGAUCUCGGGCUCCCAGACCAACACUACCCAGGUGUUGUCGACUCGCGUGAUCUCGCAGAAGUUGCCAUCCACCAGCCAUCAGACCCUGAAUGCCGGCACGCAUGUCACCCAUGUUCCAGUGAACUCGCAGUCUUUAACAUCAGCGGGUAACGGGCUGGCCCACGUCUACCCGCUGCAGUAUGCGUCCACGGUGCAGAAUAAACAGCUGCAUGGCAGGGGCCAGAUGGUCGAAGGGAAACAGCAACAACAACAUACUGGGACCGCAAUAUCCGGGUUGCAGGGCAACGUGCAGCAGAAAACGCAGCAACAGGUUCCCCAGCAGCAAUUUGUCACCAGCAACGUGGUGAAGGCCAUCACCACAGCCACGUCGAACAUCCAGAGGGUACAUGUGAAGGCGCAGAAUCUCGUCGGUCAAUCUCAGACGGUCAAUCUACAGAAGGUGAAGUCGGUGAACGCUAAUCAGGCGGUCGCCGUGCAGAGGAACUCGUUGCCAAGGAUUCAAACGGUGCAGAAGGGCCAGGCCGUGUCGACACCAACCUCGGCGAGCCAGUUCACGGUGAACCAGGUGAACAAUGCAACCGUACAGAGAGGCCAGCAGCACGCCGGAAACACGAAUCUCCAGAAAGCACAAGGGAACGCCGCUGGCACGCAGAAGAUAGCCCAACAGGUUUACAAUAAUCAAAAGGUGUCGACCCAGAUACUGGCCAGCCAUCCGAACCACAAAGCGCAGCACCAACAGAUAGCUGGCAAUCAGCAAGUGGGAUUACAGAAGCUACAAGGUCAACAGCAGAAGAAUCUGACCGUCCCCAGGCAGCAGCAGACAGGCACGGUAAACAAUGUACAGAAGUCUAGCAAUUCUGUAGCUGGUAUACAGAAGGUGCAAGUGCUAGGACAAGUGCAAGGUCAGCAGCAGCCGGAGCAGGUUCAGAAACACGUGCAACAGCAGGUCCAAUCGCAGAGGACUUCCCAGUCAAUCAGCCAGCAACAACCUCAAACGGUGGCGACAGCCAACCACAACAGAGUGCAACCGUUGACGAACGUCUGCAAAAGUAACAGCGUUCCCAACAUUGCGAAGAUCCAGCCAAACUCGACCGUAAGCAAGCAACACCAGGUGAUAUCGCCGUCGCAACAGAACUCGAACCUCCUGAUCGUAAAUAAGCAACAACAGGUGAUAUCACAGCCACAGCAGCAGGUACACGUACAAUCUUCGCCUCAGUUGCAACAGCAACUUCUCCAGCAGGCCCCCCAGCCCCAGCAACAACAGAUCACCGGCAAACAACAGCAAGGAACAGCAGGACAACAGGUGCAGAGAAGCCAAAGUAUCACGAAUGUACAUCAAAAGGUCACAGCGAUCGCCACCAUGCCAAAUAACCAACGCACCCAGGUGGUGAACUCUAAGGUGCAACAGCAGCAGCAGCAGCAGAUGGUGAUGAGAGUGGGUGUUCCAAAGUCUCAGGGGCAGGGUCUGCAACAAGGGAACAUAAAGAGCGUGCCUCAGAAAGUAGUGAAUGCUGUGAAGACGUCGAACACCCCCCAGAAUGUUGUGCAACAACCGCUACAUAGGAACGCGAGCAUUCAACCCGUUAAAAUCAUCCAGCAACAACAGAACGUGAUAGGGCCACAGAAUACUCAAAAGCAACCGGGGUGUAUCAAGACCAUACCCCCUCAAAAAUCUGCACAGAGGAAUCAUCAGCAAAAAGUGACUGGUAUCAAGACCUCCUUGAACACCAAUGUCACCGCGGUGAAAAGUCAAGGACCUAGCACCGCGGUGCCGCAAAAGACCAGCAUUAAGACACUACUACCCCAGCAAUCUGUCACGCCUAAUAUGCUCAUGCACAAGAAUCCGACGAUAAAAAUACAACAGCAAACUAUUCAGCAGAAACAGCUCAUCAUGACCUCCCAGUUCCCUCAGCAGGUUCGGCAGCAGUCUGGUCAGAUAAAGACCUUGUUGCCAGUUACCAGCACCGAACCUCGCAAAGAAAUGGAGGACAAACUCGACCCAGAAACUAGAGUACCUGAAGAGAAUGACUGUUAUCAUAAAACUGCACCGAAGUCACCAGUGAGGAGGAUUCCUCACCCCUACGAGGUAACCUAUUGUCUUCAGUUUGUCUUACAAGAUCACAACUACGUGGCUCCUCCGCCGCGGUCGCCAUCGCCUCCGACACCACCACCCCAUCCAAAGCAACAAGCCAUCAACGGUGCUGGAAGUUCUGCAGCAACUUCUCAGCACACGUAUAUGUACGGCCAAGUUGUGACCGGCAGCAAUGUCGAGGAUGACGCUGCUAGUGCUAUCAGCAGCGAGGCUGGCAGAGAAGCCGAGCCGGAGGGUGAGGAGACUGAGACUGCUCCGGAGGGUGAGGGAGAUGACGAAGACAGUGUGACCAGGUGCAUAUGUGACUUUGAGCACGACGAUGGAUACAUGAUUUGUUGCGAUCGCUGUCUGGUGUGGCAACACGUUGAUUGCAUGGGCAUAGAUCGUUCGAACAUUCCCGAUGAAUACCUUUGCGAGAUCUGUCGACCGCGACGCGUAGAUAGACAAAGGGCUCGUGCCUUGCAGAUGCGAAAGCGAGAGGAAUUGCUGAACUCAGAUACAUCGUCGGACACGUCGUCGACCAGCUCGGCGGACACCGACGUCGGUGUGAACGCGAUGCCGAAGAAACGAACGUUGCCACAGCAACAGCAGCCGCAGCAAGUACCUAGGCGGAAGUCCGAUCCCCCGCCGCAAGUAAGACGUCUGAACAACAAUAAUAAUAACAAUAAUAACGUGGCGAAAAGGCAGAGGAGAGACUCACAUCCGAGACAAUCCAGCACGGUACGUAAGAAAGAGGCGACAAAACGAGGCCCAGGUAAACGUAAACCGAAACGUCGAAUGAGCCUCGAAGAUCGGGAAGAAGAAACACAGGACUCGUGGAGCUCGAACGUCGCGCCGCUUCGGCAAUGGAUCGAGCGUUACGAGGAGGCCGUUACGAAUCACUAUAGUCCCGAGUUACGGGCUAGAAUAUCGUCUAUCAAAGUAAACGGCACGCACAGUGACCUUAGGCAAAGUAACAUGAAUGUUAUCGCCUCUGGAAAGUGUCGGCUGAAUGUCCACAGUAAUAACGUUAGGUUUUUGGUGGCAACGAUGUACUUGCCACCUAAUACGCCAGUGGUUGAAUUAAGAGGCAAGUACAUGUUGAGUACCCAGCAUCGGCCGUCGCAUCCCCAGGGUAGACAACAUACACAGAGGCCGGGCCCUUUCGUGUUCUUUUAUCGGUUGCCGCGAGACGGUACGGAGGUGUGCGUGGACACGAGAACGUACGGGAACGACGCCCGUUUCGUGCGGCGUAGUUGUAAGCCGAACGCGGAAGUGAAGCACUGUAUAGAGAAAGGAACGUUGCAUUUGUAUAUCGUAACGACCACCGCCAUUGAAAAGAACGCCGAGAUCACGAUCAGACAUGAACAACAUGAUCUGCUGCUCUCGCCAAACCCGAAUGGACCGACGGUGCCGAUCGUGUGCGCGUGUAACAAUCCAAGAGAGUGUCAAAUAACAUCGGUGAACCAGAUGAGCCGAAGAGGAAGCAAUGGCGCACUAGUGGAAAAUGCCGAUGGCCGCGAACGAAGACGGAGGGGCAGACGGAAUACAAUUUGCGAGGAUAGUGAUUCAUCCACAGCGGCUCCCAGCACCAGCGUCACUCAGCCCACGCCACCACCGGUAACAACACCAGCGUCGGUGUCACCUGCGCCAGUUAGACGAACAAUUACCACCACGGUAGCGACGGUGACCCGGCAGACCCCCAAGGAGGAACCUCCAGUGGUCCCGAUACAACAGGCACAAAUAUCCCCAAGUUUGAGUCAAGUAACAGCUGUGGAAACCAAGAAAGAUAAGAAGAAGAUGACCAGAGAAGAGAGGAAGAUGGAGGCAAUCAUGAAGGCGUUUGAGAGGCUGGAAAAGGCGGAGCAGAGGAAGCAGGAGGUGCAGGCAAGAAACGCGCAAAGAAAGGAGUCCGGCAGCACGCAUAGCGACAACGAAGACAAUCAGCCGCUAACGCCGAUACCAUCGAAACAGAAACAACAGACCUCCGAGAGGCCAUUGAGGCGGAAGAAAAGGAAAGGUCGGACCAGGACUUCGUCACAAUCUCAAAGCGGUAGUCGAAGGUCGAGACUAAACUCUGCGGACUCGGAUAUGUCCUCUGGAGAAGAAAGCACCUCUAUACAAUCGCCACCAAUGUCGAGUCAGAACCACUCGCUGAACCGGGAUGCUCCCUACUCCUCCCACCUGCAUACUCCAGCGAAGAAUGCAAAUGACAAUCCGAACACAGUGCUUGCUCAUCAAGGAAUACCAACAGCUGCUGGUCUGCUGUUGGCUCUAGCAAAUUCCAACGCUCCUGGGCCUAGCUCUCCACCUUUACAACAACCGACGCCUGUAAAAAGUCCUACUUGUGACAGUGGGGCCAGUAGCAGUUCUCAAAGUUCUACUCCGCCUACACCACUGUCAUCGGCGUGCUUGCUGGUCGCGGCAGCAGUUGGUCCGCUUGCCCCUGGCUUCAAGUUCCCAAAGACGAAGAAGGUCCUGAUGAACGAAUGGCUGAAGGAAUCGCCUGACCCACCCCAGGCCAACAUACCCCAAGUCUCUCCGCUACCAGCCUUGCCUUCGACGCCGCUAUCCAACACCAUCAACCCGAAUUGCCGGUCUAUUUCAGAUUUUAAUUUACCCGCGGACUCGUCAGCCGAAUUUCUUAGCCAAAGCUACGCAGCCAAAAGUCUAGCUACCCUGGUCCAAGCUGCCAAUUCCGUUUCUGGAAUCUGUGACUCGCCUCCUCAGCGCAAGCAAGCAGUGGCUGCUGGGAACACCGGUUGUCCUGUGUCCUCAGGCUCAGCCAAGAAGAGGUGGCUGCGACAAGCCAUAUCUGAGGAAUGCGACUCGCCGAACAGCCGACCGGAAAGCCCUCCUGCCAGCGAAUUGGUUGCUCCGCCGAAGAAAAGAAGGAUAGCCCGAGAGAGCUUAUCGUCGGAUAAUUAUACUCCACCUACAACGCCCACUAUGUUGCAUCCUGAAGCUGCUCACAAUACUAGGUCAUUGUGCCCGACAGAGGACGACUACAUCGAACAUCCCCAUUCACCCUUAAUUGAUGACGCAAACGACAAACGACCAGAGCCCCUGAAAUCAAUUAAACAGGAAGAAACACCUGAGGGUAAUCUAUGCCAGAAGUUAUGCAUCGAGAUACCGGGACAAAAUUUUCAUACAAAGAGCAUAAAAAACGAAGAAAACAUCGAGGUCGUUCCUAUGGACGCGUUGAUGAAAGAAAAGAGUAUAGAGUUGAAGGUAGAUCCGAAGAAAAGGGAGAUAGACAGCGAGAUUUCGGAGCAUUUAGAUUCGAAAUCUAUCAAGGACGAGUUCCUAUUAAUUAAGACCGAGAUAGAUUAUCAGAGGGAGAGAAUCAAGAAGGAGCACGUUAUCAAAGAAGAGAUUAUUAUACAGGUCGAGAAGGGCACGGUCGAGAUUGUAGAUCAGAACGAGGAAGGAGACACCGAGAUGGAAGACUUCAGUUCUCCGAUCGACACUAUGGAGUCGGACGCCAUUUUGAAGCAACGUGUAGACGAGAUGAGGCUAGAGUUCGGAGGCACUAUAACGGAAAUGGAGAACGAGAAGUGUGAAGACGAUGACAGGAAACAAGACAGCGUCAAGUCCGACGACAACAUGUCCAUCGACGAGUUCGACGUUGAAGCUCAGAUGAAGAAAAUCACCGGGGACGACGGUAACGAUUACAAGGAAAAGGUGGAUACAAGUUCAGAGAAGGACAAGAGCAUGGACGGUAUAGAGGGCUUGAUGGAGAGCUCUAAGGAGGACUCAGAGUCCGAGGACAAGGAUCUCGACGACAUGAAGUACGAGACGUCUUUCAAAUCCUUCAGUAUAGAGCAUGAAGAAAGACUGUUCAAAGAAUUCGAAAGCAAGCCGGACCAGGAGGACGUCGUCGUCGACCACGACAUAAAAGAAAUAGAGCAGACGGAAGAAUCUCAGAAGACAGAACAGCCGUCCGUUUUCGUAGCCUCCUCGGAGGAGUCUAUAUUCGAGUCUACGUCCUCCAAUAUGGACACAGAAUCCAUCGUUGAGCCACCCAAGAUAUUCCAUUCCAUUCCACCACUGAGCGAACGCAUACGGCGAAAUAUAACGCAUACGUACAAAGCGGAAGCAAGCGCUUCUAAGAGCCAGUUGAAUUUCGAAGCGGCCAUUAUUGAGUCCACCAUAGAUAUAGAGUCCUCCGACGGUUCUAAGAACGGCGAACAGAAGUCCAUGCUUUCCACGGCACUAAGAGAACUGCUGGAGGCGAAGCUGGAUGACUUGACGCCGGAAGAGACCAAAGAGGAAACUGUUGAUGAGAACAGCACCACGUUCACAGAACCGAAGUCUGAGACCUCGGAGCAGAGCGUAGACGUACCAGAUGCUGCCACCCCGAGGACCGUUCCUUCGGAAACUCCAGUCGAGGAUCCUCUACCUAAAGAAGAAGAAGCUGCUCCGCACAAGGAAGUUAAACGAUUAAAGGACCCCAGAACUGUCGUUCCAAACAGUAUGCCAGCGCCUGCAUUUAAGCCCGACGCGAUUCCUCCAGUUAAACGAAAGUUGUCCAUAUCAGAAUACCGGAAACGCAAACAACAGUCGUCCGGGACCCCACCGGAUCCUGAACCAUCUCCCAAUGACACUCCCAACGCAGACAAAGGAAGUGCCAGGGGCAGAUCAGACAGCGCAAGUAGCGGCACCUCGUCUCUAAGUUCCGACGAGGAGGCUUCCAAAAUUCCCUCUCUCUCCCUCGAUCUACCCGGCCUCACCACGUUACCACUCUUCAACAACUCUGAGACGGAGGAGAAGAAAGGUAACGGGGGUGAAGAGGGCACCAUCGGCUGGUCAGCCGCUCCAACUCUAGUCGAACGACAGCGGGAAAACCUCACUGAGAGGCUGAAGCGAGAAUUCGGAUUGUUCCUGAGCGACGACGAAGAGGAAAGGGCUCGCAAACAUGGUCUGACAGCAGAGGCGAUACUGAAGGCACGCAAAUCCUCUCCUCCUCAUCCUACCGUGUCCAGCACCCCUCCCGGCUACCCCGUACCUCAGCUACCCCCUCAACCCUACAUACCUCCACCUGGAUCAGCGUCCAUCCACUAUCCCCAAUUCCAGGCUAAACCUUGUCCUGUCCAGUUCACUAACUUCACGGUGCCCCAAAAUGCGCCGCAGCCAGUGUACGCAAAUGCACAAACGUCCAGCAACAAGCAGCAGCCGCAACAGCAGUUCUUGGUACCGCAAGCAUCGCAGGCGCCGCCAGGAUCAAAUCCUUACCCGCCUCAGUUCAUUCCUCCAACCACCACAGCGGUCUCGAUCUCCAAAUUCUCGUCAGGUACACCACCACCGCCUGGGAACCAGAUGUACCCAGCCACUGGUCAACCUCAGAAGCCAUUUUACAACCAUCCGGCACCCAGGUCUUAACCCGCAUAAAGCGCGUAGCAACGUUCUUGUAGAUAGCGAGCGCCGAAGAUUCGAUACCAUUAGACAAGAAUUCUCUUGAUCUUUCUCCUUCGUUUUUUUACGUUCACCUCGGCUGCUCGUCCCGCCCCCCGAUGACAGGGGGUAGAGAAUUAAACGAAUACGCGGCCUCUUCCGUUUAAGAAAUGCGGAAGGUCCGGCGACGAUUCACACCCAGGUGCUAAGAACGUCCACUGGUGAAGUCGGCAGUGGACGCGGGAAAUUCUAUUAGGAUUCGAAAGAUUCGAGGAUUAGGAUUCGCGUGGCCUAAAAAGUGAUAGUUUAAGUAUUUCCGCGAAGACCGAUGGGGGUGCCAUUUUGUUAGGCGACUGCCAGCACCCCCGAAUACGCUAAUCUCUAUCAGGCAUCUAAGCGCAACGGCCAAAAGUGCGUGCGAAGAUCGUGCACUAUCUCUCUUCGCGAAACGUUUAUACAUAGCUUUAGUUCAAUUUUUGAUGGAACUAUAAGAAAGUUGGACUCGUGAUCCGAGUCGGCGAGCCUCGUGACGAUUCGUUGGCUCGGGUACUGAACGUUAUAUAAAUAUAUAAAUAUAUAUUAUAUAUCCGCCAGGAACACUCAGACAUACACACAGAUAAACAUGCACACCGGAGCAUUAUUCGAUUAUACUGUAAAUAUCAUACGCAUAAUGUAACGAUACAAAGCUAAUGUAUUUAAUCAUAGUUGAUUGGACCGCCAGUGUGCGCUACAUCUCGACGAGGCUUUCGUUUCAGUUUUUUCCCAUUGUUAUUCGCGUGGUACCGCGAAGGGAAACGAAGGUGUCGUCGAUAUAAGACGCUGGUCGUUUGCACGAUGAAAAAUCGGUCGCUUGGAUUCUAGGGCGCGAAUCAGAGAAACCGAGGAGAGGUUAGAAUCGGACUGUCUUUAAGACCCGUACUUGUUUAGGAGACAAAAUUGUACAGCGUGAUUUUUUGUUUCUUCUCUCUCUUCGUCUCUCUUUUCACUGUCGAAGUCAAACUCUCGACACAUCUGGAAACAUUCGAAGGCUCGUCCACACGUCGUCCAUCUUGCUAUUCUACCCCUAGCUUCUUCUUCUGUUCAUCGAUAGCUAGCUAUCGUCGAAGACACCCUCCAACACACUCUAAUUUCAACGGAAUUUCGUAGAAUCUGUCAAACAUGAUAAACUAAAGAUUAUCUUUACUAAUGUCCAACCAAUUUUGGAACUUUCGAGGGGUUAGUUCUUCGACGGAUUUCAUUCGACGAUCCGUGCGAGUCCUGAAACUGAACAUUCAUUCGCAAGUACAAAACUGUUUAAGGGGUUACUUAGGAAGCAACGAUUAUACUAGUGCGGCAAGUGAGUUGCGUAUAGGAUGCUUUUCGGCUUCUUUCUUUCUUUUGUUGUUUUUUUAUUCGUUUUUGAAAAUUAAGUAUUUAUUGUGCGUUAUGUAGCGGUGUAAUGUGAAUUCGUUGUUUUCCUCUUGCUUUUUUGCGUUUCUUUUUUCCUAUUUUUUACUGAAACCGGUGAUCGCGGAAUUUUAAAAAGAAGAGAUUGUAUAUGGUGUUAUAAAACGCGCGCGUACACGACGCUAUAAUUUAAUUAGUGUACAAAGUUUCAUAUUCUAAAUUCUCCUCGUGUGUAUAUAUUAUGUAUCGACUGCGUUUAUUAAUUAAUCGUACUUGGUCCGUUGCAACGCGGACCCCUUGUUUCCAAGGUAAGAGUCUUAUCAAUUGCAUUUGUCUACGGUGGCGCAAUAGCGAUUAGAAGGUCACAACGAAAAUUUUUGCAAUCACUUAAACUUUGAAUAACAAAGCUGGAAAUAUUUAGCGAGCGAUUGAAUCAAGAGGCAGGCAACAAAUUAAUUUCUAGACUCAGUUUUCAGAGGCAAAAAAAGUAUUCACACAUUUCUUUUUUCCUCUGCUUGUUUUCUUUUUAUACGUACUUCUGGAACUUUUGAAAAAAAAGUCUAGCGAUCUGUGAUUUGAGAGAAAGGCGCGAGGAAAGAGGCGAGAGUGUAGGAUGCAGAGCUGGAGAAUUGGCAAACAAUUUUAUUUUUACUUUGUCGACACUACCUUUGAAUCCGGAACUAGGUAAACAGGCGGCCAUUUCGGUCCAGCUCUGCAUGAUAAUUUCAUAAAAACUGUGUGAGAGAUUCUACGAUCCAGGGAACGCAAGAGAACCAGGCCCGUUUGCGUUCGAUUUUCGGCUUUGGAAAGAACAACAUUGACUCUGAUAUUCGAGGAAACGAGACGCACGCGGUGUAACGGAUAUUUUUGGUAUUUGACAUUUGUUUGUAUGUACCGAUGGCGCGCAUAAAAUCGUACCCGAACGCGACACGGAACUAGGUGAAUUGUUUCAGUUGCGUUUAGGAUUCUAAAGAAAUGAUAAUAGUUGUACAAAAUAAGGUUGCAAACAAACCACGAUUGGCUCAAUUGAAAUAUAAAAUCGGUAUUUUGCGUAACUAUUUUUGAAGGUUGUGUGAUGAUGAAAGAGUUUUAAUUUGUUUAAUCAGCUUGGACAGUUUUAUCGUGUUUAAUUUUAAAUACAACGUUGUUGCACAUUGCAUUCGGGCCGGUUUUGCGCGUUCCAGCCGGUAGUUUAGCCGAUAUUUUGUAAUAAACCGUGUAUACUAGUGUAAGUUACUCUCUGAGCAGGCUGUUUGUGAGGCGGAGUCGGUAUUGACAAGGAUGUACAGGCUUCUGCCGUGUCCCGUCAAUCACUGAGGGCAAACUGUGAAACACUGUAAAUAUUUUUGUAAGAUAAAUUUAAGUACGGAUACUCGCUCGGGACACAGUGAAUUCUCUCCGAGGCCGUUCGAAGGACGGUAGAUAAUGUUUGGAUGUGGAUAAAGAGAAGUAGGGGCGGUAAUACGAUUGCUUUUUGCUGCUACAUACACAGAUACACUGCGUAACAUACACAGGCACACGAAUAUACAUAUUAUAUAUACACAUAGAGUGAGAAACGAGGAGGAGGCGGCGAGAUACAUGCGGACAGAUAGAGACAGACACACGUGCAUUCAGCUUGCAAUUAAUUAUUCGUUGUACAAUUCUACCGUAUCUGUAUAAUGACAUUCUGAUAAUAAGCGAUGCAUUCUGUUAUAUUAAUGAUUAAUGAGAAGAAAAAACAUGAAAAGCUAAGUACUACAUUAUAAUGAUAAAAUACCGAAAAUGGAAGACGUAACACACUCGUUAGUACAAUAGUUUAAAUGUUGUAAAUAAAGAAACAGAUCAUAGUGAUUAUAUAUAUAUAUUAUUGUAUGUACAUAUAUAUAUAUAAUUAUAUUUAGGGAUAUAAUUAUAUAUAUAAGAUGGAAGACUCGUCUUUAUAAUAGUAUCGGAAAAAUCGAAAACACAUAAUUUUUUUUAUUUGCAAUUCACUGUUACAUGUAUGUGCCUAGUUAUAGCCACGUUGCAUUAUCCUACAUAUUGUAUGAUAAUUUAAUUCGUACUACCGAUUAAUGUAUGUGAAACACACAGUUACACAAACAUACAUACACUUCAUACACCACACACACGCAGACAUACACAGACAAGUUCUUCGAUAUCAAACUCCUAUAUUGAUAAUAUAUACAUAUAUAAUAUAAUGUGUGUAUACGUGAUCCGGUACGGUAUGUGUAUUAUACUAUAUGUAUAUAUAUUAUCGCGUAACGUGUAAAGAGCUCAUAUUUAGGCAUACAUGAAAAUUUAAUAAAUCGGAAUACAUUUUACGAAUUAAGUUCCCACGUGCGCUCUCUUACUGGUACCUAUUAUUCUCGCCUGUACCCAUCUUCAGUUUUAUUACGUUUUUUAUAAUUAUCUCGUCAAAUUAAACGCUUUCAACGUUCUCUGUUCCUCCUCUA